CUGUGUCACUCGUGAACCAUUCAAAUGAAACGCAUUUAUCGAUAAUUUCCAAAAUUUUUACGAUUUUCAUACAUUUUUCACCCGAAUGACCGUCUAAAAUUGCGAAAAAAUUGUGCGACGCGAUACUCAACGAUGAUGCAGACAUUCAGUGUAGCGCGAUUCCUGAAUAAGGCAAUCAAAAAUACGAUUCUCCAAAAUUUCACACAACUCGAUGGGAGCAGAAAAUUCAGAUUAGUCGCAGUUUCAUGUGGCUUCGCGAAGAACUUUUUGCAGUCGAAAAUUAGCUCAAAUAAACCAAAGAACUUCAAGUAUGGCGACGAUGCGUACUUUAUUUGCCAGAAACCCGGUGUUGCUGAUGUGAUAGGUGUGGCAGACGGCGUUGGUGGCUGGCGAAAUUACGGCAUCGAUCCCGGAGAGUUUAGUUCCUUCCUCAUGAGCACGUGUUCGCGUCUCGUUCAAUCGUCGAGCUUCAAUCCUGAACGUCCCGUGAGUCUGAUCGCCAGUAGCUACAACGAAUUGCUCGAGCAAAAGGAUCCCAUCAUGGGCAGCAGCACAGCAUGCGUGCUAAUUCUCAACAAGGAGAACAAUAUGCUCUAUGCCGCGAAUAUUGGCGACAGCGGGUUCCUUGUGGUGCGAAAGGGCAACAUUGUGCAUCAGUCGGAGGAACAAACGCAUUAUUUUAAUACGCCGUACCAGCUGAGUUCGCCCUUCCAUAAUAGCGAUGUGCUGAGUGAUCGUCCCGAGUCUGCCGAUGAAAUUAGUUUUCCCGUGCAAAAGGGAGAUGUAAUUAUGGUAGCGACAGAUGGGGUGUUUGAUAAUGUACCAAGUAGCAUACUUUUGGACACAUUAACACAGGUUGAAGGUGUCUGUGACCCAGUUAAAUUACAAAUGUGUGCUAACUCAAUUGCUCUAAUGGCGCGACAAUUAUCGUUCGACAGCAAAUUCUUGUCUCCCUUUGCCAUGAAUGCGCGAAAGAACAACAUAAAUGCGAUUGGCGGCAAACCGGAUGACGUUACUGUAGUGCUGGCCACUGUAGCUGACAACUCAGGAGAAUAAUAUCAAAAAAAAAAAAAAAAUCACGCGGACUUUAUUGGAUUAAUUUUUAAGCAAACCUAUUAAAAUAAUGAACAAAUAAUUGAACUACUACAACC